AGACUGAGAGCACAGGUUAAAUAUAGAGCAGAGCCUCACUCCUGAUGACCGGCAACAAACUGGCUGCACGAGAGAGGCUCAACAUCCUGUGAUAAAAAGAAGAACUGAUUUCAAUUAAGCUGAAAGAAAGAGUCUGUUCAUCGUGAUCUCUGCCCUCACACUACUACUACUCUCUCUCUUUCUCUUCUCAGUUCUAAGUCAUACUCUCUCGCCCAGUGAGCGCACAGACCAAACUUGGAGAGGACGAAGCUCCACACUGCUCUCACACUGAGCCUCCAACUUUGACAGAGAAGAGGAAAAAGUAGAGAGGUUGGAUUUAAGAGUUAAAAGAAAGAAGAGAAACAUAUUGUGAUGCUGUGACUGGUGUCGGGAAACGUCUCCAAAAGGACUGAAGUCAUUUUAGGACUGAACAGCUGUGACACCUCCAAAGAGCUGAGAGACCAGGUUAAAAAUGCGCUCCAGGAGCUGCACCAUGGCGGGUCCAGAAGACGGACACAUCCAGCCCACUAAAGCUUUUAUCAAACAGGAAGAGGAAAACACACCAGAGUUGACGAAGAGGAAGACGAAGGUUCAGAAGGAGGACAAGGACGUGAAGAUGGGGGUGUCUGGAACAGCGAAGAAACCUCAGAAAGCUGCAGAGAGCCAUAAAGCAGCAACUCCAGACCUGUCAAAGAAGGACCUCCUUCACCUGCUAGGGAUCAUGGAAGGAGAAGUUCAGGCCAGAGAGGACAUCAUUGGCCUGCUGAAGUCAGACAGAACCAGGCCGGAGACUCUGGAGGCCCACUAUGGCUCGGCUGUACCCACCAAACCCCUGCAGGCCCUGCAGAGAGACGGACAGCUCAUCCACAGCAGCAGCACAGACGACGUGUACGAGAAGCCCAUGGCUGAGUUGGACCGUCUGGAGGACAAACAGAAGGAGACGUACAGACGGAUGCUGGAGCAGCUGCUGCUGGCAGAGAAAUGUCACCGACGCACCGUCAUGGAGCUGGACAACGAGAAACGCAAGCACGCCGACUUCAUGAACAAGAGCGACGACUUCACCAACCUGCUGGAGCAGGAGAGGGAGAGACUCAAAAGGCUGUUGGAACAGGAGAAGGUCUACCAGGCUCGUAAAGACAAGGACCACAACAGGAGACUGGAAAAAGUCAGAGCAGAGCUGGUUAAGCUCAAGUCCUUUGCUCUGAUGCUGGUAGACGAGCGGCAGCUGCACAUCGAGCAGAUCGACCAACAAAGCCAGAAGGUCCAGGACCUCACUCAGAAGCUGCAGGAAAAAGAUCAGCGAUUGGCAGCUGUAAGUGACACUGCCAAGGAGGACAGCCAGAAGGUCCUCAAGCUGGAGGCUGAGCUGGAGCACAAAGCAGCCAAGUUUACACAGGAACACGAGGAGAUGACGGCCAAGCUGGCAAACCAAGAAUCCCAAAGCCGGCAGCUGAGGCUGAAACUGGCUGGAUUGGGACAGAAGAUUGAAGAGCUGGAAGAGAGCAACAAAGUGCUGCAGAAAUCCGAUGAGGACUUGCAGGAGCUAAGAGAGAAGAUCAGCAAAGGGGAGUGUGGGAAUUCUUCUCUGAUGGCAGAGCUGGAGAACCUACGGAAGAGAGUGCUGGAGAUGGAAGGCAAGGAUGAGGAGAUCACCAAAACAGAGAAUCAGUGCAAGGAGCUGAGGAAGAGGCUACAGGAUGAGGAGAACCACAGCAAGGAGCUGAGGCUGGAGGUGGACAAACUCCAGAAGAGAAUGGUUGAACUGGAGAAACUGGAGGUGGCGUUCAACAAGAGCAAAACAGAGUGUUCACAGCUUCACACAAACCUGGAAAAGGAGAAACGUGUGAAGGAUUUAGCUGGUGAGCUGGAUAUGGUGAAAAGUCGACUGAAAGAACUAGAGUCCUCAGAGUCGAAGUUUGAAAAAGCAGAAAUGGUCCUCAAAGAUGAUCUCAUGAAGCUGAAGUCCUUCACAGUUAUACUGGUGGAUGAAAAAAACAUGGCAGAGAGACUUAAGCAAGAAGAACAGAAGAGUGAUGAUUUAAGUAAGAUGUUCAAAGCAGAGCAAGGCAAGGUUACAGAGGUGACAGAGAAACUGAUUGAGGAGAGCAAAAAACUUCUCAAAUUCAAAUCAGAAAUGGAGAUCCAAGUGACAACUCUCACUAUGGAGAAAGAUGAGUUAAAAAAUAAGCUUGCAAGUGAAGAGGAAAAAUGUAGAGAGUUAAAUAACAAGCUGAGUUCAAUGAAAAUAAGAAUGGAUGGACUAGAGGAGACAGACAGGGAAAUGCAGAGAAAGUGGGCCAACAAGGACAAUAGCAGAAAUCCAGAUGAAGACAACAAAGUAAAAGAGCUCACGCUAGAAAUCGAAAGACUUAAGAGCAGGCUGAAGCAACUUGAGGUGGUGGAGGGAGAUUUAAUGAAAACUGAGGAUGAGUAUGAUCUACUGGAGAAGAAAUUCAGAACAGAGCAGGAUAAAGCAAACGCCCUUUCUAAGCUGCUGGAAGAUAUGAAAAGUCAGAUUGCCAGAAACAAAGCCAUAGAGAAAGGAGAAGUCAUGAGUCCAGAGGCCGAGCUGAGAAUUCGCUGCAAAUUGGAGGAAGCUAAAACCAGAGAACUGAGAGCAGACGUCCAGGCCCUGAAGGAGAAAAUCCACGAACUGAUGAACAAGGAGGACCAGCUCUCCCAGCUGCAGGUUGAUUUUGUCCUCCAACAGAGGUUCAUGGAGGAGGAGGAGAAGAAAAAGAGUAUGAGUCAAGAAGUGGAGAACCUUACCAAAGAACUGGAGGCCACCAAGCGCUACAGUCGCGCCUUGAGGCCCAGUAUGAACGGCAGGAGGAUGGUGGAUGUCCCAGUUACCUCCACAGCUGUCCAGACAGAUGUGAUGACCAGUGAGCCUGCUGAGGACGAGACAGCAGCAGGAUUUAUCCGGAAUCAGUUGGAGGAGAAUCACUUAAUGAGCAACCUCAGACAACGUGGCCUUAAAAAGCCGACGGUUCUUGAACGAUACCCUCCAGCUUCAGCAGAGCCCGGGGCGAAGAAGUCUUGGAUACCCUGGAUGAAAAAGAAGGAGGCCAUCACUCUCACUCAGACCACUCCUGAGAAGACCAACGGGGCAUCUUUGCUCCAUCAACCUGAAAUGACCAUGUCCCCGAAGCCAGGUCAGCCACUACACAUUCGAGUGACUCCCGAUCACGAGAACAGCACUGCCACCUUGGAGAUCACCAGCCCUCGAGCUGAGGAUUUCUUCUCCAGCACCACCAUAAUACCAACUCUUGGUCUUCAGAAACCCCGCAUCACAAUUGUCCCUAAACCCACAACAGUGACCUCAAAGGCCAAGACCUGUGAUGGGAUGGGAGGUCUGGAUAGAGCCAAAUCUCCCGUCACGAUAACCACCAUCUCCAGAGCAAAGAGUCCAGACAAGACCAAUGGCAGCCUCCAGUCGCCGGUGUCCAUCAUUACAGUCAGCACCACUCCUGUGGCUGAAGUAUGUGCUUCAUCCGAGCCCCACGAAAUUACCUCAGGUCGCACAGUAAUCAAGAUGACCCCGGAGAAGCAGCCAGGACCUGCACCUGUCAGGAAAUACAAUGGAAACAGCAACAUCAUCACAACAGAGGACAACAAGAUCCAUAUCCACUUGGGUCCACAGUUUAAGAGGCCUUCAGAGUCCUGCAGCAGUCCUUUGCUCACAUUGAGACCCGUUGGAUUGAGCUCAGACAGCAAGGAAACACUGACAGGAACAGUCCUUCGCUCCCCACGUCAAGCCUCAGUGGCAAAGACGACUCAGAGCAAAAUGACAAGCAGCAUCACAAUCACUCCCAUCACCUCAGCAGCCUCCAGGCCGACGCAGUCAGUGCCCAGUUCGGAUGCGCAGUCAGCUCGGAGCGCAGCCACACGGAUCCCUGUAUCAAAAGGUUCACUGAUGGAGGUCGUUGCAGCAAACAGCCAUCGCUGAACUGUGAGGAAAGUUGAAGGUGAUGGAACACUUUCUCCUCCUCGGGCUGCUGCCACAUGGGCAAAUCACAAGCUGUUACUCAGAAGGGAUGUGUACAUUUACAUGUCCUGCUUCUUGAUGGCCAGCUCUAUAUGUGUUGCGAUAUCUAAACUUUAAGCCUGGUCUGAUAAUUACAUUAACAAACAAGUGACAUGAAGAAGCACCAAGAAUAUAAUCCGAUUAUUGUGGUUAACAAAACAUAACAGUGAUUGUUUUAUUUUGAACAACCAACAGACUCAAAUCUCCAAAUAUGAAAUUCAUAAUAAAGUAAGACAGAGACAAUGUUUUGGAUUUUCAGCAAAUGUUUAGGAUUUGAGGUACUUGCUGAUUCAUUUUCUAUCAGUUAAUUGAAGUACUGAUUGGAGCUCUAAUUUAAUCAGAAAAUAGUAGAUUUCCCAUGUUUGCUAUUUAUGUACAAAUAAAUAUAGAAUUGGUGUCACAUGUGAGUAAAGAAAAUCAGAAUGAGGUUGGAAAAAAUAAGCUUUACAGCUAAUUUUUGACAUUGUAUGAAAAAAAAAUGUGUCAGUUAUAAAUAAAUCUGGACAUUAUGGUUAAAAUGAUGUUGUGAGGAAGUUUCAGAAUCUUCCUUUUAUUUUGUUAGUUUCUAUUUAAUCAUAAAGAUGGAUUUACAAACCUG